UGGUUACAGGCAUACUUCCUCUGCCGAAUAAUGCCUGAGUUUACCUCCUCUCCCUACCAACAUUAACGGUUUUGCUUCUGAAGGGCUCCAGCCUGAGGUCUUAGAGCCUGGAAGGCAGACGCGACGCACAACCAGGCAGCCCGUGCGCACAGGUCGCCCUGGAGCGCGCAGUCGGGUCCUGCAGUGGUUGCCACAAUGCCGAGCACGUGCCCGACGUCGACUCAGGCUUCUCAGUGCUCGAGGCGCCACAGUGAGCGCAGGUCUCUGUGUGCAGGCCCUAGAAGGCAGGGAAACCCAGGCGGCGAGAAACGCCCCGCAGCAAAAUUUCACGCCAAACACUUCCCAGCAGGCUGUGCGCGCGCCUACAACUCCCAUCAUGCUCCAUGAGGGAUUGCACGGCUAUUUGCUGGAAGCCGGCAGUUUACCCCGUCACCCUGCUCACGUUUCUUUAAUACUUCUCGCUGUGCCUCAAGCAUCUUGGGGAGCUUUUCAAUCCCACAAUCAGAGCAAGGCGGCUUGACGCGCUAAAACCUCUGAGGAGGCGUGGCUCCGGACCGGAAGAACCUUCCGUUGCCAGGGGAACGUCGCGCACCCAAGCGCCUGCCCAGCCACUGAUGUUUGGAUUGUAGCAGCAGCAACCUCUUCACCCAACUUGUGGAGGCGGCUUUCCUCAAGACGAGUGAUCCUUCUUCCUAUGGAGGCUUAGAGAGGAGGGCUGAGGGACGUCCGCACCGAAUUUCCAUCCCAGAGACGGAUACGAGCGUGUGCGUCCAUUCCUGUUCUUCUGCGGCUCCGGGGCCUGCAGAACUAACCUCCAAGACCAGAUGCAGUUGUCUUGGAUGCUUCUUAUUUGUUAAGUUGCUGCAUCUUUGUAUCCUUCAAGAUAGUCUUGCCUGGUUGCUAUGGAAUAAAAAAUACUGAAGGAUGGAGCUCCCAUCGUGGCUCAGAGUUAACGAACCCAACUAGUAUCCACGAGGACGCAGCUGAUUUGUAAAUACUUGACUCAUGGGAUUGCUAGACAGACUUUCAGGCCUGCUUGGCCUAAAGAAGAAGGAGGUUCAUGUUUUGUGCCUUGGGCUGGAUAAUAGUGGCAAAACAACAAUCAUUAAUAAACUUAAACCUUCAAAUGCUCAGUCUCAAGAUAUAGUCCCAACGAUAGGAUUCAGCAUAGAGAAAUUCAAAUCAUCCAGUUUGUCUUUUACUGUGUUUGACAUGUCAGGCCAAGGAAGAUACAGAAAUCUCUGGGAACACUAUUAUAAAGAAGGACAAGCCAUUAUUUUUGUCAUUGAUAGUAGUGAUAGAUUAAGAAUGGUUGUGGCCAAAGAAGAACUUGAUACUCUUCUGAAUCAUCCAGGUUCCCAGAAGAAUGUAAACAGACCACCCCCAAUCCCAAAUGUGGCUGUUCACCUUGGACACCUGCUUGCAUCCCAGCACAAGAUCUAUAUUGUUUCCUGGAAUUGCAAGACCCCUGAGCUGAGGUGCCUAACACGGGGCUUGGAUCUCUCACGAAUCUCUGCAGUUAUAUUUAUUCUUCCAUUUGUGGACUGCCUUCUCAGGGAUAUUAAGCACCGCCGAAUACCAAUCUUAUUCUUUGCGAACAAAAUGGAUCUAAGAGAUGCAGUGACAUCUGUAAAAGUGUCUCAAUUGCUGUGUUUAGAGAACAUCAAAGAUAAACCAUGGCAUAUUUGUGCUAGUGAUGCCAUAAAAGGAGAAGGACUGCAAGAAGGUGUAGACUGGCUUCAAGAUCAGAUCCAGGCUGUGAAGACAUGAAAACAUAGCUUUUGGAAAUUGCAACAAUUUUCAAUUCAAGGAAUAUGUCUUAAGGCAAACUGAAUGCUUUAAAUUUUUUUAAAGAUAUUUGUACUUCUAAAAAUACUUUAUAAUCUUCUGCUUGCAUGUAUGGACUCUGAGGUUUUUAGAACAUGGAACUUCAGGUAUGCUAAGCUGGCCAUUAAUUAUAUGAACACUAAAUCUUUCCUCAGAAGGGCUCCCUUCCCAGAAUUAUCAACUUCUUGGUAAAGGUCUACAUUUGAUUGUAUUAGAAUGUUUAAAUUCAGAGUUAUCGCAAUAUCUCAUCAUGAUUUAUGAUAUCUUUUAUUUUUUGUCUUCUAAAAAUUUAGUUUAUGAUGUGACUUUGUAGUCAUGAUUGUGCUUGUGAAAAGAACUUUAAAUAUUUAUAAAGGACUGUGGGUAAUUAAUAUAUGUUAAAGUUUUAUAAUUAUAUGUCACCAUCAAUAAAACAAAAUCAAUCAGCUAGUGGGAUUGGUAUGUCAAAAAGAAUAAUGCUGUUUGUUAAUAUGGUAUUUGGUGUUUUGUUGUCAAACAUUUGUAAAUUAUCUGAGACCAAGUUAAGCAGAAUUUACUUAUCUCGUAAAUAUGUAUGAAACAUCUCUUCUCCUCUACUAGUUAGACGUUGUCCUAGGCAGUGGUAAAUAAAAUGUAUUCCUUAUCAGAGAAUUUAAAUUUA